UUAGUCUCACUGAACCAAUCACAAGCUGCGGGGUCAAAGUUGAGGGGUUACAUCCAAUAUGGCGGCUAACAAACGAGUGUUGUAUGUUGGUGGCCUAGCAGAGGAGGUGGAUGAGAAGGUGUUACAUGCUGCUUUUAUUCCGUUUGGAGACAUUACAGACAUCCAGAUACCAUUAGACUAUGAAACAGAAAAGCACAGAGGAUUCGCGUUCAUUGAGUUUGAACUGGGAGAGGAUGCUGCAGCAGCUAUUGAUAACAUGAAUGAGUCUGAGCUUUUCGGAAGGACCAUCCGAGUGAACACUGCCAAGCCCAUGAGAAUCAAAGAAGGAUCUUCUCGACCAGUGUGGUCGGAUGAUGACUGGCUGAAGAAGUUCUCGGGGAAGACCGCAGAGGAAGCUGAUGGGGAGGCAGCAGCUGGAGAAACAACCAACACGGCAACAGAUGAAGCUGAGCCCCCGGCUAAAAAGGGUAGAGUUAAUCCUCAGGUCUACAUGGACAUCAAGAUUGGAAACAAGGCAGCGGGGAGACUACGAUUCCUUCUUCGGGCCGACAUUGUUCCCAUGACAGCAGAGAAUUUCCGCUGCCUGUGCACGCAUGAGAAGGGCUUUGGAUUUAAGGGCAGCUGCUUUCAUCGCAUCAUCCCACAGUUCAUGUGCCAGGGAGGAGACUUCACAAACCACAAUGGCACUGGGGGCAAGUCAAUCUACGGCCGGAAGUUUGAUGAUGAAAACUUUGUCCUCAAGCACACAGCGCCAGGUCAGCUCUCCAUGGCCAACUCUGGAGCUAACACUAACGGCUCUCAGUUCUUCAUCACCACUGACAAAACAGACUGGCUGGAUGGCAAACAUGUGGUGUUUGGAGAUAUGGUGGAGGGGAUGGAUGUGCUCCGUGCAAUGGAGGCUCAGGGAAAUAAAGACGGCAAGCCGAAGCAGAAAGUAAUCAUCUCGGACUGUGGAGAAUAUGUGUGAACAAAAAGACUGUGUGCUUGCUUGUAUGUGUCUGUGGAGGCAGUGUAUGUCUGACAGUGUGAGUGUGUUCAUGGUAUUUUGUUCUUUGAGCCCACAUCAUCUGCCAUGUAAAUAUUUCAAUAAACACCUUUUUUUUUUAUAAAGAAACUACA